UAUCGCCAGAGUGGGCGCUAUUUUGUGGAAUACAGAAGCACCAAGUCAGCUUACACAAUAUACUAAGCCUGCUUCAAAAUGGCAGCAGAGCAGAGGAAGUUGCUGGAACAGCUCAUGGGAGCAGACCAGCUCUCUAGCAGCUUACAAGUCACCAUCACAGACCCCAAGGUCUGUCGUUCAUACCUCGUCGGUACAUGCCCCCACGACCAAUUUACCAACACCAAACAAGACCUGGGACCCUGUCCCAAAAUCCACAGUGAAGGACUAAAAGCAGAAUAUGAAGCUGCGCCGGCAAGCGAGAAAGCGAAAUGGGGUUUCGAAUACGAUUAUAUGCGCGACAUGCAGAAAUAUAUCGAUGAAUGCGAUAGGCGUAUUGAUGCUGCGCAACGACGGCUUGAGAAGACGCCAGAUGAGAUUAGGCAGACGAAUAAUAUGUUGAAACAAAUCUCCGAACUGACAAAAACAAUCAACUCCGGCCUACUCGAAGUCUCCGUUCUAGGCGAAACGGGCUCUGUCUCCCUCGCAAUGAACGAACUUUUCAAAGUUCGCACUGCAAAACACCAAAAGGAAACGUGCGAGCGUGAUCUGAGGGAUUUAUCAGAUACAUCCGGUCCGUCGGGACAUCAGAAGCUGCAAGUUUGCGACGUCUGUGGCGCAUAUCUCAGUCGUCUUGAUAAUGAUCGUCGAUUGGCGGAUCACUUUUAUGGGAAAAUGCAUAUGGGGUAUUCGGAUAUGAGGAGGACGUAUAAGAAACUUAGCGAGGAGUUGAAGGGGAGACCGCCACCGGCGAGACAUGAUGAUGGUUAUGGUGAUGAAGGGGGUUGGAGUGGUCGUGGCGGCGGUGGUGGUAGAGGGUAUGGACGGUCUGGUGGUGGAGGAGGUGGUUAUAGGAAGAAAGGUGGCGGCGGUUAUGGAGGUAGAUGGUAA